AUGAGUUAUUCGGCGUUUCCAGUCGCCUUGCAGAACAAACUGCAAGGCUAUGGCCGUGCGUCCAGAGCCCAUCUGUCUGCCGUAAAUCUGGAUCUUAUCCGCAAUAUUGUAUUUGUACUCUUCCUAUUCCGUUAUACUCGCAAGACCUUUUAUUCCCUCCGCGGUUACGGCCUGUUUGGCAGCAUCCGCAAUGUCUAUCUCGCCAUCCGCCUGUUCUGUUACUCGGUUCUUUUGCGCACCCCUGGUGUGCGCGGCAAGGUCGACAAGGAAGUGAAGACUGCCCUGGAGGAUUUGCAGAGAAAGCUCGUGCCAAGUGGACCGGACGUUGACCGGUAUCUAACACUUCCGAAGGAAGGCUGGAGUCCGGAAAAGGUUCGCGAGGAGCUCGGGAAACUCGCUGGUAUGAAGCACACGCGCUGGGAAGAUGGCCGAGUGAGCGGUGCUGUGUAUCAUGGAGGCGAGGAUCUUCUGAAACUUCAAACGGAGGCAUUUGGCCAAUUUGGCGUUGCGAAUCCAAUUCAUCCGGAUGUCUUCCCGGGAGUUCGUAAAAUGGAGGCCGAGGUUGUUUCUAUGGUUUUGAACCUGUUCAAUGGUCCCGCUGAUGGUGCUGGUGUUACCACCAGUGGUGGCUCGGAAUCGAUCAUCAUGGCUUGUUUGGGUGCCCGGCAAAAGGGAUUAUUGGAGCGCGGCAUCAAGGAGCCCGAAAUGAUCAUCCCUGACACAGCUCACGCUGCUUUCAUCAAGGCCUGCAACUACUUCAAGAUUAAGCUGCACCGCGUUCCAUGCCCUGAGCCCGAGUUCAAGGUUGAUAUCAAUGCUGUGCGCCGUCUGAUUAACCCCAACACUAUUCUCCUUGUUGGAUCUGCACCGAAUUUCCCUCACGGAAUGGUCGAUGAUAUUCCUGCUUUGUCCCGUCUGGCGACUAAGUAUAAGAUUCCCCUCCACGUGGACUGCUGCUUAGGAUCGUUCUGUAUCGCCUCUCUCAAGAAGGCUGGCUUCCCCUCGCCGUAUGAGGAGGAAGGCGGUUUCGACUUCCGUCAGCCUGGUGUCACGAGCAUCAGUGUGGACACCCAUAAGUAUGGCUUCGCGCCGAAGGGUAAUUCCGUUCUGCUCUACCGCAACCAAGCCUACCGAAGCCAUCAGUACUUUGUGUACCCCGAUUGGUCAGGUGGUGUCUACGCUUCUCCCUCUGUUGCUGGCUCGCGACCAGGCGCGUUGAUCGCUGGUUGCUGGGCUAGCUUAAUGAGCGUCGGUGAGUCUGGCUACAUCAACAGCUGCACGGAGAUCAUCAAUGCCGCCCGCAAGUUUGAGUCUGCUAUUCGCGAUCACCCCGUCAUCUCGCUGCACAUGGAGAUCAUCGGUAAUCCGAUGGUCAGCGUGGUAGCCUUCCGCAGCAAGAAUGGCGCCAUUGAUAUCUACGAUAUUGCCGAUGACAUGACCGCCAUGGGGUGGCAUCUCAAUGCUCUGCAGUCACCUCCAGCCAUGCACUGCGCCUUCACCAUCCCCACUGCCAAGGCUGUGGAUCAGCUCAUCAUUGAUUUGGUCAAGGUCAUCGACCAGGAGCUUGAGAAGGCCGAGGAGCGCCGCAGACAAGGAAAGUCAUAUAUUCUGCAGCGUGGCGAUACGUCCACUCUCUACGGUGUUGCCGGCAGCAUCCCGGAUAAGAGUGUCAUCAGCCGCUUGGCUGUGGGCUUCCUUGACACUUUGUAUAAAGCCUAA